AUGCAAGGUGGAUCAACUGGCAUCGGCUACGGCCUCAAGUAUCAGGCCAGAUGCAUUUCGGACGUGAAGGCGGAUACAGAUCACACGAGCUUCCUGACCGGCACUCUCAGUCUCAAAGAAGAAAACGAGGUGCAUCUGAUAAGGCUCUCGUCUAGCGGCACUGAAUUGAUCUGCGAGGGUUUGUUUUCGCAUCCGAACGAGAUAUGGGAUCUUGCGUCUUGUCCUUUUGAUCAGAGGAUUUUCUCUACUGUAUUCUCUUCUGGGGAAACAUAUGGGGCAGCGGUAUGGCAAAUUCCAGAGUUGUAUGGUCAACUUAGUUCGCCUCAGCUGGAAAGUGUUGCUUCUCUCGAUGCACACACCUGCAAAAUUAGAAGUGUACUCUGGUGGCCUACAGGAAGGCAUGACAAGCUAGUUAGUAUUGAUGAGCAAAAUCUCGUCCUCUGGAGCUUAGAUACUUCGAAGAAGACUGCUCAGGUACAAUCAAAAGAAUCAGCCGGCAUGCGUCAUAGUUUAAGUGGCGGAGCGUGGGAUCCGCACGACUUCAAUAAUGUAUCUUUAACAUGUGAUUCAUCAGUUCAACUUUGGGAUUUGAGGACAAUGAAGAAGACUGAUUCAAUUGAGCGUGCCUAUGCCCGCAAUGUCGACUAUGACACGAAAAGAAGGUACAUGCUUGUAACUGCUGAAGAUGAGUAUGGCAUUCACAUAUGGGACCUUAGAAAGUUGAAAUUUCCAGUUGCUGAUCUUCCUGGUCAUUCACACUGGACAUGGGCUGUUAAAUGUAAUCCAAUGUAUGAGGGCCUUAUUCUGAGUGCUGGAACUGACUCAGCUGUAAAUUUAUGGUUGGCCUCUCUACCAAACAAUGAUGGCUCGGUCUCAGAUAGUUUGGUGGAGUCACAAGCCAAGGCUCCCGAGACGUUGCUCAAUUCAUACAAUGACUAUGAAGACAGUGUUUAUGGUCUUGCUUGGAGUUCUCGGGAACCAUGGAUAUUUGCUUCAUUGUCUUACGAUGGAAGUGUGGUUGUGGAAUCAAUAAAACCUCAUCUUUCUAGAAAAUGA